GCCGCCGCCGCCGCCGCCGCCGCCGCUGCCGCGAGGAACGGGGACCUCACCGAGGCCGGGCUGUCUUGCGAGUUGCCUGAAUCCCUGGCCCGACCGCGUGCUGCCAGGCAACCGCACUCCCCGGUAUCCUGGUCCGGGGAGACGCGUUGCUGUGCCGGCCACCCCAACAGGAAGUGAGAGGAAAAGGGCCGUAGGGUUUCCGGAAUUCUACAAAGGCAGCGCCCGAGCACCUAAGGUGACGCAAUCCCCGCGCGAGGUGGGCGGGGCCCCGCGAGGGCCUUAUUCUGAAGAGUUUCUCACCCGGGCGGAAGCCGUCAAUAAAGAAGCGGCGGCCGUAGGUGCUUGUUCUUCCGGUCUUUAUCAGCUAUCUUGCUGGGAAAUGCCCAAAGUCAAAAGAAGCCGGAAAGCUCCUCCAGAUGGCUGGGAGUUGAUUGAACCAACACUGGAUGAAUUAGAUCAAAAGAUGAGAGAAGCUGAAACUGAACCCCAUGAGGGAAAGAGGAAAGUGGAAUCCCUGUGGCCCAUCUUCAGAAUCCAUCACCAGAAAACCCGAUAUAUCUUCGACCUCUUUUACAAGAGGAAAGCCAUAAGCAGAGAACUCUACGAAUACUGCAUUAAAGAAGGCUAUGCAGACAAAAACCUGAUUGCAAAGUGGAAAAAGCAGGGCUACGAGAAUCUGUGCUGCCUACGCUGCAUUCAGACUCGGGACACCAACUUCGGGACGAACUGCAUUUGCCGGGUUCCCAAAAGCAAGCUGGAAGUGGGUCGCAUCAUUGAGUGCACGCACUGUGGCUGCCGAGGCUGCUCUGGCUGACACCCUUGACCCCUCCCUCUACAUUCUGGACUUUGGGCCUUGUUGGCUCCUGACUAUUGGACCACCCCCGUCCUGGAGCAGCUCUUCUCAGAGUGGUGCCCAGAGAAGAGACCCAGAGGGAGCAUGGGCUCUACAGGUGAAGGCUUCAGUGUUUACUAGCUGAAAUCUGUAAAAAUAAAACCUUUAGACCUCU